GUGAACUUGAACACCAAUGGAUGUCAUAUAAUAAUAUUGUAUACAUGUAGAACAAUAUAUGAAUAUGGAUAUGGCUUUCUCAUCCUCACCUCUGUUGUUUGAAGAUUGGAACUUUGUGUUGGAACAACUUUGUCCGAGAUGGUCAGAAGACACUGAUUUGCAUAAUGGCAUGUCUCUUCAAAUGUUUUUAAAACUCUGGGAAGACUUCCGUUGAAGUUAUUGGGCACUGUUUGCUGUCAAAUAUGUAUUGAUAUAUUCAUGAAGAGAGAAAGAAAGAAAACUUCAAAGAGCAAGUUUUGAUUCUACACAAGAGAAAUGGUGGAGAGAUGAAUUGCAGAAAGAUGGUCAGACCCAAAAAGAACCAGUCCUUUCGGAGUCUCAUUCUUCCAUUUCAACAAAUUGGUGUUGUCAAGAAUUUCAGGGAAUGGUUGGACUCAGCACACAACACUCAGCCAAACAUCACUACUGGACGGGAUUGCUAACUUUCCUUCCCUUUGGCACAUCGAUAUAUUGAAUUCGCCCAAAUUGAGAUAACUACUGAAAGGGGUACCUUCCUUUCAUUCAGAAUGUCUGUAUAUAUAACUGCUCCAAUUUGACAUCAAUUCAGGACUUGAGCAAAUUGAAGGAUUGUUACUUUGACAUCAAGUAAAAUGAAAGCCGAAUAAGUGAAAAUGGCCGAAGGAGUUUUAAUCAACCUUGCUGGAAGUCUUGCAGAGAUGCUGGUUUCAGCAGCAUUGGAAGAGAUCGGAUUGCUUUAUGGUGUGAAGGAUGAGUUUCGAAAACUUGUUGUCACCACUGAAGCAGUCAAAGGUGUACUUGUUGAUGCAGAAGAGAAGAUGGCUGUUGACGAAAGUGUCAAAGCUUGGCUCAAACAGCUUGGAGAUGCUUUCUUGGUUGCUGAUGACUUGGUGGACAAGUUUCACACCAAAAUUCUUCAGCGUAGAGUCAUGAUGUCUGGGAAUAAGUUUACCAGACAGGUACGUAUUUUCUCUUCCAGCUCUAAUCAGCUACUUUUUCGUCUUAAGAUGGGACAUCAGAUUAAAGAUAUAAGAAAACAACUAGAAGAUCUAAGAGUCAAUAGGAGUUUUCAUUUAGAUGUUCGUCCAAUAGAAACGAUAGUUGGUAGUGGAAGUAGUAUGAGGGAGACCUACUCCUAUGUGAGUGAAGAGGAAGUUAUUGGGAGAGAGGAUGAAAAGAAGGAGAUUAUUCAAAUGUUGGUGGAAAAAGAUUUUGGGGAGGAUGUGUCAUUCAUUCCAAUAGUAGGUAUUGGAGGGUUAGGAAAAACCACACUAGCUCAAUGUGUUUUUAAUGAUGAAACAGUUGAAAAACAUUUUGAACUAAAAAUGUGGGUGUGUGUUUCGGAUGAUUUUGAUGUGAAAUUACUUGUUGGGAAAAUUGUGAAUUCUAAUACUUCUAACAAUCUUGAAAAUUUGCAAAAGGAACUUAGAAGUAAGAUAAGUGGAAAAAAAUACCUCCUUGUGUUGGAUGAUGUAUGGAAUGAGGAUGCUGAAGUAUGGCAUAGGUUAGAGAUGUUGCUAAAGUGUGGAGGAAAGGGUAGUAGAGUCUUAGUAACCACUCGUAGUAUUAAGGUUGCUAGGAUAACUCAGAGUACAGUUGAGCCAAUUGAAGUAAAGGGUUUGAGCAUAGACAUGUCUUGGUUAUUAUUUAAAAGAAUGGCAUUUAAGAAAGCUCAAGAGCCGGUGGAGGGCUCAAAAGAAAUGGAGCUAGGGAUGGAGGUUGUUGAAAAAUGUAAGGGAGUUCCUUUGGCCAUAAGAACUAUAGGAAGAUUAUUGCAGGAAAGGUUAUGGCAGUCUGGAGACCCACAAAAGGAGUUGUCAAGGUUUUUAAAUACUGAGUUUGCUAAAAUAGAUCAAUAUGAAAACGAUAUCAUGCCCACCCUCAAGCUAAGUUAUAAUCAUCUUCCGUCACAUUUGAAGCAUUGUUUUGCUUACUGUAGAUUGUUCCCAAAAGAUCAUGAAAUUGAUGUGAUAGAGUUGAUACAACUAUGGAUGGCACAAGGAUUUAUAAAAUACUCUGAUGACAAAGGCCAAUGUCUAGAAGAAAUUGGUUAUGAGUAUUUUAUAAAUCUACUUUGGAGAUCCUUUUUCCAAGAGCCAAGGACUGAUAAAUUAGGUUAUAUAAGGACAUGCAAAAUGCAUGACCUUAUGCAUGAUCUUGCAAUUAAGGUGGCAGGAUCAAGUAGUGUCAUAAUCAAUCAAAAUUCUAAAAUUUCUGAUGAAAAAUGUCUCCAUGUGUCAUUAGUAAAUUUUAAUCUUGAAACCAAAACCUCACUCGAGAUUUUCGAAUUCUUUUCUCAACAAAAAAGACUUCGAACUUUACUUUUACAUAAUUGUGAAGGGUUGAGCUUCUCAAAACAUUUUUUGUCCAAGUAUAAGUGUUUACGAGCUUUGAGUGUACCUACCUUGGAAAUUAAGGUGUUGCCAAGGAAUCUGUGUGAAUUGGAACAUUUGAGAUAUCUUAACCUUUCUUGUAAUGACAAAUUAAAAACACUUCCUAGCUCUUUAGUAAGAUUACAGAAUUUGCAGACUCUGAAUCUAGCAUGGUGUAGAAAUCUUGUACGAUUACCUCAAAACAUGAAGAAAUUAGUCAACUUAAGGCAUCUUAUGAUUAAACAUUGUUAUAGUUUGAGAGAGAUGCCCCCUGAAUUUGGGUAUAUGAGUUCCCUUCACACAUUAGAUACAUUUGUUGCAUCUGAGUUGAGUGGGUUUCAUGAAUUGAGCAACCUUAUUAAUAACUUAGAAGGAAGCUUAACAAUUAAAGGACUCAGUCACACACAAAAAACAAACUAUUCUGCAUCAAAAAUAACUUCAAAGCGAGUCAUUUGUGAAGGAAAGCAUAGUCUUCAAUUUUUAAAGUUAAAAUGGACAUAUGUAAACAGAGACGAAAUGUCACUUGAAGGUUUGCAGCCACCUUCCAGCCUAAAAGAGUUGAAGGUGUCAUGUUUCAAUGGUGUGACAUUUGGAGGUUGGGAUUCCUCAUGGAAUAACCUUGUUAAAUUGAAGUUGUGGGUUUGUAACAGGUGCCAAUAUCUCCCAAAAUUAGAUAAAUUAUGUUCUCUUAAGGAGCUUGAGAUUCGUUGGGUUAAAGCAGAGUACAUGUGCUCCUCUGUAGAAGAUGAUGAUUUUGAUGCCAACUCGUUCUUUCCAUCCCUGGUAACUCUUCAAAUUUGUAUGUGUCCAAAUCUCAAGUGGUGGUGGUGGAAAAAGGAAGUGGAUGGGAAUAAUAUUAGAUCAUUUCCUCGUCUUUCUAAUCUAACAAUCAUCAACUGCCCUAACCUCACUUCAAUGCCUUUGUUUCCAUCUAUUGAAAAAGUUGAACUUCGUAGGAGUAGCUCAAUGGCAUUAGAAGAUACGUUUAAGAUGAUGAGCAAAAGGAAGGCACACAACACUCACCCAAACAUUUCAUUGCUCAAGUCUAUCAAGAUCAUUUACUGUCAAGAUUUGACAUCAAUACUGGUGGAAGGGAUUGAGAGCCUUCCCUCCCUAGAGUAUAUGCGUAUAACCAACUGCCCCAAUUUGACAUCAAUUCCCAACAACUUCAGAAAAGUGAAGAAUUCUACUAUUUCAGAUUGUCCUCAUCUUGAACAGAGAUAAUGUAAUUGAAGUUACUUUCAAGCUUAAGAGGCAAAACGGAAGCGGUGUUCUAUUCAACCAGAAAGGUGAGGAGCAGAGAUAUUGUAAUUGAUGUUUUCCCUUGCUGUACAUAUCAAAGAGGUGUCCAAACUCUGGGAAGGCUGCAUUGAAUUAAUUCAAACUCUCACAGGGCAGAGAUCGCUUUAUUAUUUCAAUCAUAAGAUAUGGUGUGAACUGUGAAGAGAAUGUUUCACACUAAUGCUUUGUUUUGUUACUGAGUUUAAUAUUCGGAUGUAGCUCAAAGGCAUUAGAAGAUACGUUGAAAAUGAUGAGGGGAAGGAACAUUGAGGGUGUUGAGGCACACAACACUCAGCCAAACAUUUCAUUACUCAAGUCCAUCAUGAUUUAUACCUGUAGCGAUUUGACAUUUGUUGGGAUUAAACUCACUUAACAUGUCAAAUUAAUAUGUUCAUCUAUUUGUUCAUCAGAUAAAUCUGAAGAAAGCUGCUGCUAUCUAUAAUAAUUGGCUUUUAAUACCAACUUAAAGGGGACCCACUAACAACUAUAUAUAGGGGUUCCUUUAUUCUCAAAAUGAGAGUUCUGAGUUUUAAUCUCCAAAACUCAUACUUUAGAUUCAUUAGAGAGAGAGUCCAAGAUCAUAGUGAGUGUGUGUGGAGGGAUGUAAUGGGAGUAUCACUCUUGAAGUGAUUUCCCUCAAUGUGAGGCAUUUUUUUGUAAUACUUUACUGUGUUGAGUUGUAAUCUUGGGCUCAUUCUAUUGUGUACUACUCACUAUUCCUAUUCAAUAAAGAUCCAUCAUUCAUUCAUUA